AUGACUGAGACCACUGAUGAGGCCGAAACCCCUUUGGUAUCGGACACAGACCUUUCCAUGGCUUUCAGAAAUUUGGAGGUCCUCUUAGCAUCCCACCCCACACCGCUGCUGCCCCAGCGAUUGGUUUCACCGAUUCUCAUUCCCUUAUGGGGAAUCAUGGGCUACGCAAAAUCAAUCGGACGCAGCGCAUGGCAUAAUCGUGCAGCGGCACUGCUCAAGUCAUACCUGGCCGUCUCCAUGGACCAAUCGGUUCUUGAAAAGAUCCAACGAGGCCUUACAUUCAACGGCGGUGAUGACUGGGAGUAUGCGCCCGGAUCCUCUGGUGGGAUAGAGAUUAGGUCAAGGACAUCAUCUGCGAAUGGUGGUGUCAACAUGGAAGUCAUUAAUUCCCGAAUUGAGGAGUUUAUGGGCAUCCUUGGAGAUGAGAGUGUUCCAAACACGGUACUGAGUGGAUUCUUCCUGAGCAUUUUCCAAAGGUGGCUCGCUCGGGGGGGUGAUGAGGAGCCAUUGAAAAUGUUGGUUACGGUCAAGAUCCUGCAGGAGAUGUUGCAGACACAUGCGGAAGAGCUGGCAAAGAAACCUACGGGGAUCCUGCAGAUAAUCAAAGGUGUCCUCGAUGAAUACCUCGACUACGUCGAGGCACUGAAACAACCAAAGAGCGAGAACGCUGGGGUACCGCGGCUAGCGUCACUGAGGACGAUAGUCCAAGAUGCCCCCGAGCCUAUUGAGGACGAAGAGGAGGGAUCAUACGACACCCAGCAGACGGAAACGGUAGCUAUGGCACUCACUCUGCUGAGUGUGCUCAUAUCGUCACCCGAAACAAAACUCGAUAAAACUGACGAGCGCCUCCUCACUACCCUCCAUCCUCCUUUGCAGUAUCUUUCCAAGGCCCAGGAUAUUGACCCGAACAUCACAUCCCUCGCCAUCAACAUCACCUCAUUGCUACUCAUACAUGCGCCGACUACAAAAAAAUCAUCCGCGCUAACUCCUCUGGUGGAACAACAGCGGGAGAAGUACGCCACAGUUCUCUCCUACCUACGCGAUCCCCUCGUCCCAGUCCGAGCUCACGGUCUCUACCUCCUCCGGGAGCUGAUCCUCGAACGCGCCUCCAUCGUCGAUGUGGUCAACACCGCCUGUCUCCUAAUCACCAUGCUAAAAGACGGCGACUCCUUCGUCUACCUGAACGUCGUCAAAUGUCUGGCAGCCCUAACCGACCGGCACUCCAAAACCGUCACCAGAAUGCUGGUAGCAGCCUACGUCAACGACGAGGACGUCCUCAACCUCAAAGAGCACCUCGGCCUCGACGAACGCCUACGAAUCGGCGAAGCCCUUCUCGGAACCGUGCAAAAACUCAACCAAGCACUCGUCGGCGAAACAGCGGAAGUAGUGUCACAGGGGAUGCUAAGCAUCAUCUCGCGCCGCCGGCGCAACCCCGCACCUCUCGCACCCUCGUCCACAGAAGACUCAGAAGACGACGGCCUGGACCUAGAUAUCGACCCUGAGACCGGCGUGCGGCUCACACCCGCGCAGCUAGCGCAGCGCGAGCAUGCCGCAAAAAUCGUCUCGGGCUGGUCCUCGACGCCGCACGAAGACCUGCGGAUCCGCGCCUCGGCGCUAUCAAUUCUGGGGGCGGCAGUACAAACCAACCCCUCUGGCCUCGGCCCGCGGGUGCUCAGCGAAGCUAUCGACACCACGCUGGCGAUCCUCUCGCAGGAGACAGCAGCGGAAGCCGCGAUCUUGAGGCGCUCUGCUGUCGUUGCUGUGGCUGCGGUGCUUAAUGGCCUGGUAAAGGCGGAUGAUGAGGAUACAGAGGGUGAGACGUGGAGAACUGAUGUGUGGCGGGUUGUGGCGCCGAGGGUGCGAGAUAUCAGGAGGGUCCUGGGGUAUGUCGCUGUUACGGAUAAUGAUGGGCUCGUUCGGGAGCAGGUCGCCGUCGUGGAGGGGAAUCUGGGGGCCGUGGUGGAGAGGGGGAUGGUUGGGGGGAGGGGACAGGUUGAGAUGGGUGGGCCAUCAGCUGGCGGGACAGGUAUUGUAACUGUCAACAUCUCAUGA